CGUGUUAUCAGCCAGAGGGAGGCGAUGUCGCUCCUCCUCUGCUCCCCUCUGCUCUCGUCUCCUGUCCGCUGAUCGGCUCAGCUUGGCCAGAGCUUGCAGUCUGCUGGGUGAGAUCAUUACUAGACUCCAGGCUCCGGGACCUGAUAUUCGCCGGUUGGAAAAGAGAAAGAGAGGGAGGCACACACAGUGAAAAGCUUGAUCCGGUGCAGCCAGCGACCUAAACGCGAGCUGAAACGCCGUCUCCAGGCUCCGUUGCUCUUUUCUACACUGACGAGCUGCUGAACGCUUCUUGUCGCAGAUUUUUUUCUUCUCCUGCUUUCACCGCUGGAUUUUUUUCCUAGGGGGUGUUUGUUGUAGUCGGAUGCGGGCUGCUCUUGUUGUGACUGCAGUAACAGUGCCGCUUCCCCCUCCUCCCCACCUUCUUGCAGCCGAGUAGCGGGUUUGUGAGGGAUCUCCGCGCCGCGCAGCUUCCCGAACGGUCCCGCAAGGCUCCGGACGCGCACCCCGCACCGCUGCGGCUCCUCUGCGCUCUAUCCGCAGGGGCCUCUCUCUGGGGCUCCCGUUCCUCCGAUCACCUGGACACAAGUUUCCUCUUGGAUUCUUUUUUUUUUUUUGUGCGACCACCUUCUGUCAUCCAAUCGACAGCGAAUCCUAUUUUGUUCCAUCCGUUGACGCCAUUUUCCCCGGGGUUUUCUGUCAGGAAAAAAAAACAAGCCUCCAUAUAUUCUGGCACCGUUUGACAGCUCCCCGGGAGGCUGUCAUCCCAUCCCGUCGCUUGUGUAAAAUGUGUCUUGGCUAAAUGGAUUGUAAAUGAUCUUGAUAAAAUAUUCACACGCUAGAGCCGACUGUGUGACAACAUUAGACAUGGACUGUCCCUGGCUUCGCUCAGUUCCUGUGGGACAACCAACACAACCUCAGUAGCUGAUUGACAACCUCAACCAGUCCACCAGACUCCUGCUCGCUAUCUUUUUAUUGGCUGGCUGCCAGAGCUUCCCCCAUCCUGAUUGGCUGUGGCGGGAGUGUGGAUGGAGCCAAGGGAUCUGGUUGGCCCAGCCCGACCCAAAGAGGCGGACCUUCAGGGUGGUAGGGUGGGGCCAAUCAAGGAGCACCAACGAGCGGCGGGGGGCAUCGGGUUGGUACACAGUGACGAUGUGAUUAACGGUGCUGUCAGUGAAGGGGAGGGAUUAGAGGAGCAGGGGGAGGGCCUUAUGGAGGAGCAGGAGUUCUCCAUCAAGGAAGCAAGUUUCCAAGAAGGAAGUCUAAAGUUGAAGAUACAGACCACCAAGCGCACCAAGAAGCCCCCCAAGAGCCUUGAGAACUAUAUUUGCCCUCCAGAGAUCAGGAUGACCAUUAGACCUCCAGCCGGAGAGGGCAAAGGAGGGCGACAAGGGCGAGCAGGAGGCGGGGCAGGAGCAGGGCGGGGUUCCAAGGAUGAAGAACGAGGUCCCCCCAGAAAAAGGACGUACGAGCGUCAGUUCAGAAUGCCAGAGCAGAAAGAAGGGGGCCUUCUACAGCUUCUGGGGGAUCACACUCUGCCUAAACAUCAGCUUCGCAGCACCCUCCCUCCUACAAAUGCUAUCUCAAACAUGCCACAAUCACAGCACAGCCUCACGCAAAAGUUCCAGCAUGUUAAUGCACAACAACACCAAGUUGUUCCGGAGUGGAUUACAUCUGUGGCACCUUUUUCAUCCUCUGUCCAUUCGGGGGAAUCUAACGCAGCAGGAGGUUUGCUAGGAGCAAGCAGAAGUACUCUGCUUGAUCCGACACAACCUUAUCAACGGACAGCAACACAGACUCCCUCACCUCAGAGAUCCAUGACUCCAGAAUUGCAGCUGCCAGUGGUCACAGAUGCCAGUAUUCUCAACCUGACAUCGCUCAGCAGGGGUAAGGGCUUGCAAGAAGUAAGCGAACAGCUCUUUGGGAAUAUCAAGAGGAAGUAUGGCAGGAAGGAUUCUCAGAAGGUGCUCUGUAAUCCCCACGGUACUGAUGCACAUUGGGGAAAGCAUCCAGAGAGAGGAUCAGAGAGUCCAGGUAAUUCAGAAGACAGGCAGAAGUACAACCAAGAGGAGCUAUCUGAACAGUUUCACUCAGAAAGAGAAGAGCGGAGAAGAGAGGAAAGAGAGCAAACAAACGCUGGAAGGAGAGGAGAUGAAGAAGAGAGAGGUAUGCCCCUGAUCACAGAGGAUGGUAAAGGAAGGAAGAGACGGAGGAGGCCUUCGUUUGACGAGUCGUUUUCUUUGGAGGAGCAACCACAGCUUCAGAUUCUGGAAGCUACCCAGAAGCUUCAGACCGGAGCCCCGGAACCCAAAGUAGCACAUAAGGUAGAGACUCACAAGACUGACUCUCGUCUUAAAAGUCAGGCGGACAGCAGCACUGAAAGGAUCGAAAAGGCAGAGAGAGGAGAUAAAGGUGAUAAGAGGGAUAAAGCAGAGAGGGCCGAAAAGGCAGAAAGAGGAGAAGCUGUUACAAGUGGGCCUGACCAGGAGUCAGAUCAGAGUUUAAAAGGAGUGAAAAAGAAUCCAGUGGGUCGUCCCAAGAGUGGUACAGAUACCCUUAAACUCAGAGAGCCUGCAUACAAUCAUAUCAACAAGCUUAAUCUUAGCUCCAAUCUCAGACUCCCUAGCCCCAGCUAUAGAGGUAGCAUCAGUCCCAUCCCCAGUCCUAAACCCAGGACCAACAUUAGUCCAAGUCCAAGUCCUAGAGGCAGGGUUGACCUGAGUCCCAGCCCUAAAAACAAUAUUGUCUCUGAAGCCAAACUUAAACCAGCAAAGGUCAACGACAGAUGGUCCUACCUGAAAGUUAAAAGUCAUACCAGUCUGACAUCACCUCAAAGAGACAAACUGGGAAGUCCUCUGGCCUUAUCAGAGCCACCUUCUGCUUUCCCAAUUACCCCGUCUAGCCCACUCUACACCAAUAGUGACAGUCUAACGGUCCACGCUCCCAUCAAGAGGAAACGAGGGCGUCCAAAGAAACAGCCACUCCUAACCGUGGAGACCAUUCACGAGGGCACCUCCACCUCACCCCCAAGCCCACUGUCACAGGACACCUCUACAGGGCUAAGCCGCAGGAGAAAGACACAUGGUCUAAACACGUUAGUUCAAAUGGCCUCCCCAACAUCCAGCGACUGUUCUAACAGCCUGAAGCUAACGCGAGGCAGAGGCCAUCCUAGGUCAAUAAAUAAGACAAAGCUCGGGAAAAUGCAAAGCAUCUUAAACGAGAUUCUCUCUGGAUCUAGUCAGAAUGGCUCUCUGGCUCUGAAGUCACCCUCAGCUCCCGUCACCUCAGCCAUGAGUGCUAUGGCAACCACCAUUGAGGCUCGAUUGGGAAAACAGAUCAACGUCAGCAAGAGAGGUACAAUUUAUAUUGGAAAGAAGAGAGGGCGGAAACCCAGAGCCGAAACUCAAGGCUCCAUCCUCCUCAAAACCACAAGGGACAAGCCGCCAUUGUCUGUCUCCACAUUCUGUCUUUACGAUAGCCCUGCAGUGCCUUCCACCAACUCAUCUCCCAGUUCUUGUGCUCCAUCCCUAAGAGCCAGCAACACAGAUGCCACCAUGCCCAAUUUGCAGCCCGUCUCAGCCCUGCCCUCUAAACCAAUAUGCAGGGGCUUUCUCUCAGGGGGUUGGAAACUUUCUCCUCCUCGCCUUCUGGCCAAUUCACCCUCCCACCUAUCAGAGGGGGCAUCAGUAAAAGAGGUGACCCUGUCCCCCAUCAGCGAGUCCCACAGUGAGGAAACAAUUCCUAGUGACAGUGGGAUUGGGACAGACAACAACAGCACCUCAGAUCAAACCGAGAAGGGUCCUGCCUCCCGUCGCAGGUACUCGUUUGACCUGUGUGGGUUUGAAUCUGCGGAGGCUGCAGCUCUGGAUGCAUCUAACAGGAGCAGCAGAGCACGCUGUGAACGGCAAGCCGCCGCUGUUGGUAACUAUUUGUCACAGCAGGAAAAGAAGCAAAAGCAUCAUCGUAGAAAGAGGAAGUGCUUUCAAAGCAGGGAUCAUCUUCACUUUCUCUCUGAGCUGGAAGAGGUUGUGAUAAAACUCCAACAGCUGCGAGUGUCGCACAGGCAAUACACCUGCUACCCCCAACAUCCUUAUCCUUCCAUUUUCCGGCUCAACUUUCAUCAUUACUACCCAAUUAGCUACGACUCUUACCCCUGUGACCCCAGCUCAUACCUCCACAGGAGUGUCGAUCUGAAAGCUAAAAGGAGGCGCGGCCGUCCAGCUAAAGUCAGCGAGCCAAUCACAUCAAAACUGCCUUUUGUUCCAGGAUACGGUUACCCGCUGGGAGGAGGAAAUUACUAUGCAGCACCGUAUGCAAUGCCUUAUGCACCUCCUCUGAAUUUGGGCUACUUUCCUCCCACCCCCCCAUUUUACCUGCCGCACCACUCCCUUGGACCUGCGCCUCCAUCUCCUUUCAUGAGGCCUGCUGUCCCUCCUCCCAAGGCUUUCCACUCUACUGCACACUCAAAGCUGCAAGCAGGGGCGAAGAUUCGUACCACUAGUGGUCCACUCCAGGGCCCCGCUGUAAGAGGAGAUGGUCUAGGAUCCCUCAGUAAUGGCAGUGCAGGUGGUCUUGCAGGGGUCCGUCUUCAUAAGAGAAAGCACAAGCACAAACAUAAGCACAAGGACGAAACCCUUCUGUCACCACAAGACCGUCAGGACUUGGGGGGACUUUUCAGUGGAGCUAAGACCAACGCAUGCCUCAGCAUGCUGAGCCAAAGGAGGGACUUGAGCAGUCAGGGUUCGUCAAAGCAUAUGGAGAAGCAAAGGAGCAACGCCAGAAGCUCCAACCUGGGAUCCAGCCUAGGGAUUUUUGAGUCAGACCAGCUGUCCACACACUCUCUUGCAGACAGUCAGUUUCGCUCUCGUCAGGCUGCACAGACAGUAAAGAGCUUCAUGGGCAGCUACAGCGGCCAGUCACAGAGGUCAGAGUCAGCUUCUGACCUUUUUUCGGGGUUACGCGAGGACGAGUGUGUUGAGAGGAGCAGAAGGACAAGGCUCGCUGUCUUUGGCGAUCAGGGUUUAAUGUCGUUCCAAACGGCCAUCCAGGACACAGAGCAGAUGAACAGUCCCUCCCUCGCUGGUGUUCCCAGUAAGCGGCGGUAUAAACGGUGUGAGGUGGAACAGAUCCAAAAGGACGUCAGGAGGAUGCAUUCUUUGAACUUUGAUCAUGUGCAGAAGAUCCUGCGUGCCAAGCGUCUGCAGCGACAAGCUAAAACAGGAAAUAAUGUCAUCAAGAGACGGCCCGGACGGCCCCGAAAACAGCCCAUCGAAGAAUCUGAGCCGGCCAGCAUCAGGGAGGAAAGCUGGGCCGACGGUCGAGGUUUGGACAUAGUGGCCAGCAGGAGAAGUGACGCGAGGACUUUGGGAAUGCCCGUCCUGGAAAGGUGUGACAACGUGUCCGGUAGGCAGAGCCUCAGGCCCAGCUUAACCCUCGAGACUCAGGAGCACACCAGUCACGAUUCCGUCUCAGCAGCUAUCGAGAACGUGGUGCAUCAAGCAAGGACCAUACCUCCUGGGUCUAAAGAGGGCAAACGACGAGGCAGGGGUCACAGCAGGGACGAACUCUGGCUUCCCUCUAGUCAGGCAUAAGAAGGAAAACCCCUGAACUGAACGGAGAGCAGUUAACAGAAUCAAUGUGCUCUAAAGCCCAUCAAUGCUGUGCCCCCUACUUUUGGGACUCCUUGAUGCACUUUGACCUCCUGCCUUGUUUGUCGUGAGGAGCAAGAUGGAUGUGCCGGAGGAACACUUCCACCGACCAGAACCCAACCAGACAUGGACCUUUCAAGCAUUAUUUGGACCUUGGUUUACAAUGGCACUAUAUGGUACUAUUUGAUACUGAAUCUGAUGCUAUAAAAGUGUGUGGUACUUAUGAUAGUGUAGGAUUUUAUGUGAUUCUUUACGUAUCUGAUACCGUGAUGUGUAUGGUACUUUAUGAUACAGUAUCUGAAUGUGGCAUUAGCCAUAUAUUUACCAGCAAAGGGGAGGGGUAAUGGUUAUAUAAAACUGUGCAGCUCUGCUUAUUUUUGCCUUUUUGAGGAAACUUGUCAAGGACGUGUGGGAUAACACAUCAGUAAUUAAGCCACCUUACCCUGUCUGUGUUUUACCUUCCAAUUUUUCUUACCUUCUCUUAGGAGUAACUCAUUCUUCCUGGCAGCUCCUCUACUCUGCUUGACAUGCUCCCUGGUUUUUUUAAGUACUCCCUGGUGUCUGUUGCUCCUGCUUAUUUGCCCCACUGAUGGUUUGCAUCUCCAGUCCUCGGGCUUCCUUGAUUUUCCCAGUGAGUCACAUGCUUCUCCCAAUCCCGCUCAGGCCUCUCCUGGGCAGCAAAUGAAGGCAAUAUGGCGGACGAGGAGACUGUCCCACUGUACAUAGAAACGAAUGCCUUGUAGAAUGGGAAACCAGCUUAUAGAUGUGUACCGGCAUACAGUAUAUGAAAUAGAAUUGUUGUACAAUAGACAAAUGAAAGUGUGUAUUGUUUUAUAACCAAAAACAGACAGGGGUGUGACUCGAGACAAGUUUGUUUUCAGACAGAAAAAAACCACAUAUAUUUGUUCAUACACUCGUUAUUGUGUUUAUAUGAAAGGGGCUGAGGCGGAGAGGUUGGAUAAAAGAGGGAUGUUGGGUGUGUUUUGGUAAACUAUAAGAGUUUGGUAAAUGCACUAUAAAAAUACAUUCAUUUGCAUCAAUCAAAUGCAGCACUUAAUGCUUGUUCUAGCCUUACAUUUUUUAUUAUUUUUUUUUGCUUCGUUUUAAUCAAUUCAUAUAUGCAGGCCACGCAGCCAUAAGCGUCAAACCCAAGCCUGAGUCUGAAUCGUGAUUGGACCGUUCAGCAGAAGAGGGCUCAAAUUUUGAAAAGCUAAUUCCUGUCUUUCUACUUAACGUGGUUUUAAAAUUCUUAUCCUUGGAAAUAUUUUUGGGGGAAAAAAAUCCAGUAUUUAGAUUUAGAAAACCAAAGUCUCAGUAUUCGAUGUGAGGAUGUAGAAGUACCUUGGAUCAGAGUUGGACAAACUCUACUGUGUUCUCAACUAUGUAAAGCAUUCCUAUGUGCACUGUAGAAUGUAGGCAUUUAGGAUAUUUUUGUCAUUGAUGUUAAACUCUCAUUGCAGUAUUGGUGACUUUGGGUAUUGGUUGGAAUUUUCUCAGACACGUGUUUCAGCGUAAAAGCAAUGGAUUCGUUUGGCAACUUUUUUUUUAUUCAGGAGUUUAUUUUCUUCAGACGGGGUGGGAUUCUCAGUUGCAGCCGUUCAACUUGUGCCUUAUGUUUCUUUUUGUCACUAAAUUGCAUUCGACUUGAGAAACAGAAAAAGGCAACGAGUGUCCCGGAGAGUGACCCGAUAAUUUUGUGAUUGUUCACAUGACGCGUCUAUCUUAGUCACCAGAACCCUGACUCUGCCUGUGUCCCUUCGUGGCUUCCGUCGAGUCCAUCCGGCUCCCAGCUUCCUCUACGUUUUCUGACCCAUAUCUUCAUGACAGAGCUAGAGGGGCUGGACUCACUGUAUUAAAUACAAGUCCUGACCUAGAUACCGCUGUGCUGUGACAGUGGAAACACAAAGACCCACUGUUUGGGAUUCUAUUAGGAAAUAAUGAUUCUAAUGUCUUAGAUGUAAAAUUCAAGAUCACACAUUCUGACCUAAUCAGUUAUUUACAACAGAUAACUGGUUAAACAUCUGCUAAAGAAGGAACAGGGGCAGUUGUCAUGAAAACCACAUUUGUUGUUGUUUGCUAUGCAUCAAGCCAUACCUGGCAAUGACCUUAAAAAGAAAAAUCUGGGUCCACCCUUCGACAAAGGAAUAAGUGGUCUUAUUUACUAAAUAAAAGCGAGUUCUCGUCAUGAGAUUUGUGAAUAAUACCAGUAAUAUGAUGUGCAGAAAGUGACUAUCAUUUCAAAAAACUAUAGUUACUGCCUCACUAUGCAGUACAGCCUUAAACAGAUGUAAAGCUACAGUAUUGAUGUGCUUGUUGUAAAUAGUGUUAUUAUGUACAUCCUGCAUGGAUCUCAGUUGGACCCAACGACACAGAGACUGUCUCCUAAAAACCACACACACACACACACACACACACACACACACACACACACACACACACACACACACACACACACACACACACACACACACACACACACACACACACACACACACACACACACCAUCUGUCCCCCCUAAAUGCUCAAAGCUGAAGUGAAUGAACAAAAAUGACUGAAAUCAUCUCAUUAUUAUUUAAUAAACUCCAGAGUCAUUGUUUCAGCCCAUUAAUUUACAGAAAACGGUUAACAAAGAAAUCAGCCUUAGCAUGUUUUCAAAAAGUUCCUUGAGCCAGAUUGUGGUGCGCUCGACCAAAAAUAGGCACCCCGGCUGACGUUUUUGCCUGCAGCCAGUUGGUGCGGCGUCGUAGCGUGAAAAGGAUUGUGUGCUAGGGGAGUUCUCAGAGGAAACAGCCAAAAAUACUCCCAACCUAAUGUUAGCGUGCUUAACCUUGCUUUGCUGGAUGACUUUGAGUGGAUCGGCAGUCUGUUUGUGGUGAAGAUUUUAUCUGUGCAUGUGGGCCUUUUUACUCCUGUGGUCAGGCAGAGGUCUCUGAUGGCGGAGUUAAAGGCCCCAGGUAAUGUCUGUCCUGUCUGUGAUUCCUACCAGCCAACGCUCCGGUGCCUUCUAACUCUGACAAGUAUUGUCCUAAUCCAGAGCUUUCACUCUACGCAGAGACUGCAGAGAGGAUGUGUUUGGGAAUGGGGUUCAUGGUCACUGAUGUUAGCAGCUGGUCUGGACCAGAGGGUACAACUCAACCCUGAUGCAAGCAUCUUUUAGCGCUUUGUUUUCAGCACCAAAGGUGUCGCAACAGUGUUUGAUCGUACUUCAAUGUUAUUUGGGUCUUUACUGUACAACUUUCAAUUAUAGGAAGAUAGACACUAGCACCAACAUGUAACAUCCCCCUUGAAUUCUCUAUGUAGCAUGCAGUGCCGAGUCCUACACGCAGAGCCAGGGUCACGUGAAGCAGAAACUCAUAAACGUUACUGUACAUGUCGUCGUCCUCACAGCAUACGUUUCCCAUUCGAAGCUAUAACAUUUUUAAAAACCUGAAAGUGCAGAGGCACUGAGAAAAACCAGUAAAUAUACUUCUGUAGAGCACAAAGUGAGCUCUCCUAACAUUGUGGGCAUAUUUUAAUUUGUAUACAUAGUGUAUUUGAACUUUUUCUAGAGUGGAUUUCUUUUAUUUGCAUGCUAAAAUUGAUUGUAUGCAUAAAUAUUUUAGACAAGUUGAAUUUCAAUUGAAUUUGAAGCAAGACUUGUACAUUGUUUGAUAUGUUUCUUUUUGUAAUGGAUUUUUUAAUUCAUGAAGCAUUUUUGUACAUUGUAUGAAUAUUAAAACUGCAAAUAUUUGACAUAUAGAGUAAAUACUAGAUGCACAUGCAUAUGCAUAUAUCCUCCGCAGUAUAUGUGUGUAAACAUACACAUAUAUUUUGUAUUUGCAUUUGCCAGCAUACAGAUAUAUGUCUUAAGCACAUAUAUACAUGUAAUAUAUGUAUAUUCAUGUCUGCUGGCAUGCUUUUGGUCAUGUUCUUGUAGGUUCUUUUUCUUUUCUUUAAAAUGAAACGCUCAUUCUUUGCUACCCUUCUGUUGGCCGGCAGCGUUGAGCACUUAUUGAGAAGAACUACAGUUCAAGUUGUUCAUGUUAUCCAUUGUGUGAAAUAAUAAAUGACUUUAUUGACAGCUUAA